CUCCAAGCUGCUGCUCUUCAGUCUAUCUUCAACAUUUGCCGCAUUGACAUCGUGGAUUUCGGGAAUUCUAAUCUAAGCGUGUGUGUCUGUGCUCCGACAGCCAAUAGUUGGCUCGAACCGUGAUUUAUUUUGUUAUUGUUUUUAUUAUUUCUCUUGUGUCUUGAAACAACUUCAAAACACACGUCCAGACAAACAAAAAAACAACAACAACAAACGAUGUUAUUGAAACGUCUGAAAAUAACAACAACCAUUUUUUUGGUUAUUUGCUGUGUGAUUCAGUUCAAUACUGCAGCCUCCUACAAAACUGAAGUGGCCAUAACCCCAGCCCCUCCCGAGGAGGAGACUACAGCAAAAAGUGGUGGAUUUUUCGGUUGGUUCCGCCGUGACAAAACCACCACCACCACAACACCUCUCCCUGUGCUAGAGGCCACCACAGCCAAAACCCCACAAACAUUACCCGGUCCCAAUAAUGCCGCUCUCCCCGGUCAAACAUCAGGUGGAGCAGCUGCUGCCAAUCGGCCACCACCAUUGACAAUAAACCCUGCUCCCCUGGUGCCAUUGGGUCCACGACCAGAUACCCCCUCCACAUCUCCAUGGGGUGGAAAUCCAAAACAACCACCACAAUGGCCUCAGUCUAAUCCUCAAAACGUCCAGGAUAAACCCGAGUUCCCUGGAUCAGCGAAUAGUGCCAGUGGCGGUGGAACCUAUGUGCCCGGUGGAGCCCAUAUGCCGGGAAGCCCAAUUUUACCAGCGGCAACCUCUACGACCACCGUUAAACCCACCCAGCCCCAGAGUCCCUAUAAUGUGGUAAAUAAUGUACCCAAGCCCAGUGGUCCCACACAGAGUGGUAGUGGUGGUGCCUUUAAUUUCCCCGCAGCCCCCACAGCGCAGAGCAAUCAAAAUAAUUUGCCCACCCCUGGACAAUCUCCAAACUUGCCCACCUCCCAGUCGACAACUUCCCAAAACAAUUUACCCAGACCCAAUGUGGGUGGACAACCUAAUGUCAUGCCCGGUUUUGGACCCUAUCAACCACCAAGGAAAUCUCAGCCAUCUGGAUUUGAUUUGAGCUAUGGUGGUGGUGGUGGUGGGGUAAGACCUGUGCAACCCAGUGCCAGACCUGGUUUUGGUCCAGCGCCUGGAGUGCCCAAUACAAGUGGAUUUGCCACUGGCACAACAACAAGUACAACUACGUCGACCUCAACAACAACAACUACCACAGCCAAACCCAAUCAAAUGGGUUUCGAUAUGCGUGGUGGUGGCAUGGCCGAUCCCAAGAAACCUUCAUCUCCGACCAAAGAAGAUUUCCCAGCUCUACCGGGUCCCAGAAGGCCUUCAAUUGGUGGCGGUGUAAAGGAGGACUUCCCUGCCUUGCCAGUACCCAAGUCACCCACACCAACUCCCAGCUCACCGCAUAGUCCCUCCUCGCCAUCGGCCUGGAAUAAACCCUUGCCCACACCAGUAGCCGCCGCAACUUCAACAACAACGUCUAAAACUCCCACACCCAAAUUGCCAGCUGCUCCUGGUAGCCCUGGUGGUAAUGGGGUUUCUUUUGUACCCCACUCGGGUGGACGUACGACCACAGUGCGUCCUGGUUUCCAAUCCAGUACCGACAAUAAUCCCACAGCCAGUGAUGCUGAAAUUCAAACCCUCACCGAAACCCUCUACACCAAGGAGACCAACAGCCAGCUAAGUUUGCUUACCGUCAAUCCGCAGGGUAAGACCAGGUCCAUUGAUAGCACCGAUGAGGCACCACAACCGCUACUGGAUGUUAAUCCCAAGGUCUAUGAAAAUCCCAUUGUGGCCAAAAUGCGUUUGCUCUUCAACAACUAUGAACAGGACACCCUGACCAAUGAGCAUGUCACACCCAAUGAGCGCAAGGAGGAAAACGAUUUUGUUGAUGCAGUUAUGGCCACCAGUGUUAUGCGUCAAGCCAUGUUGUUUUUGCAGAACAAAGGUAUUGUGGGACCGGAUCCCAAAACCCAUCGUGAUUUGGUCAAGGAGCUAUGGUUUACCCAAUAUUCCCGUGGCAGUGGUCGCAUUGGCAGCUCUGGUUUUGAACAUGUCUUUGUCAAUGAGGUUAAGAACGGCACCAUUAUUGGUCUCCACAAUUGGGUGUACUUUGCCGAUGAAGAAAAGGCCGGACAUUUGGAUUACAAGGGUUAUCUAAAUCAGGUGGAUUUGGGCAAUAAAGCCAAGGUAUUGAAGGUCCGUUUCACCCACAAUGGUCUGAACAAACCUGUCAACACCCUGUUUGUGGGCACCUCUCCCGAAUUGGAAUUGGCCUUGUACACGGUCUGCUUUAAACUACGUCCCGACCGAACCUGUCCCGUCUCGUUGGGUAACAGCAAAUUUGGCAUUGUCACCUAUUCAUGGCGUUAUCGUGGCAAGAGUUUGAUUGGCAGUGCAUAUCCUGAGAUUUAAUAACGAUUUUGAGAUGUAAUUUAAAAAUAAUAUAUUUUUGUAAAUUUUAUAAAAAAAAAAUAGAAAUAGAAAAGGUAAUAAAAAUAUA